UCGGGUGCGGGAAGAGCUCCAAGCAGAAGAGGGAGAACGAGGGUGAGCACGCUGGGCAGCCGAGCGUGCGCUCCGCUCUGCGCCACAGGCUCGCCCAACGAAGCACUAACCAGCAGGGUCGCGGUCCUGAGGACAUUGCUGCCACCCAGCAGUGCAGAGAACCAACCACAGAAUCUGGAGGUCGGUAGCAGCCCCGAUCUAGGCAGGCUCGGGGCCAGGAGGGUGUGGAGGAAGAGCGGGACCGGAUCGUAGAUCACAGACUCUGGAGGGGAAAAAAGAGUGGCUCCCUGAACCGGCACGUCGCGAGCUCCAGAACUCCCAGGAUCCCCGGGAUAGCGCGCUUCGCAGCUGGACGGCACGCCCCCCUUAGCUUGAGCACCCUCUCCUCUGAGCGCCUCCUCAUCUGCCCCUGGAGGGACUUUCACCUGCAAAGGUGCAAGACAAAGCCGUGUACCCGGCACCCACCAUGCACCUCAACAGCUCCAUGCCGCAGGGCGCCCCUGGUGAACCCGGUGCCCAGCCCUUCCCGCGGCCACAGUCUGGACUGGAGGCGAUGCUCCUAGCGCUCGGCUUGGGCAAUGGUUCUGGCAAUACCUCGGAAUCCGUCCUGGCAGCGCCCAACAGCGACCUGGACGUGAACACUGACAUUUAUUCCAAGGUGCUGGUGACCGCUGUAUACCUGGCACUCUUUGUGGUGGGCACUGUGGGCAAUUCGGUGACAGCCUUCACUCUAGCGCGGAAGAAGUCGCUGCAGAGCCUACAGAGCACUGUGCAUUACCACCUGGGCAGCCUGGCACUGUCUGACCUGCUCAUCUUGCUGCUGGCCAUGCCCGUGGAGCUGUAUAACUUCAUCUGGGUGCACCAUCCUUGGGCCUUUGGGGAUGCUGGCUGCCGUGGCUACUAUUUCCUGAGAGAUGCCUGCACCUAUGCCACAGCCCUCAAUGUAGCCAGCCUGAGUGUGGAGCGCUACUUGGCCAUCUGCCAUCCCUUCAAGGCCAAGACCCUCAUGUCCCGCAGCCGCACCAAGAAAUUCAUCAGUGCCAUAUGGCUAGCCUCGGCGCUGCUGGCUGUACCCAUGCUUUUCACCAUGGGCCUGCAGAACCGCAGUGCCGACGGCCAGCACCCUGGUGGCCUGGUGUGCACACCCACUGUGGACACAGCCACCGUCAAAGUCGUCAUCCAGGUUAACACCUUCAUGUCCUUCCUGUUUCCCAUGCUGGUCAUCUCCGUCCUAAACACCGUGAUUGCCAACAAACUGACCGUCAUGGUGCACCAGGCCACUGAGCAGGGCCGCAGCGUGUGCACUGCAGGCACCCACUACAAUUUAGAGCACAGCACGUUCAACAUGUCCAUCGAGCCAGGCCGUGUCCAGGCCCUGCGCCAUGGAGUCCUCGUCUUACGUGCUGUGGUUAUCGCCUUUGUGGUCUGCUGGUUACCCUACCACGUGCGGCGCCUCAUGUUCUGCUAUAUCUCCGAUGAACAGUGGACCACGUUCCUCUUUGACUUCUACCACUAUUUCUACAUGUUGACCAACGCUCUCUUCUACGUCAGCUCUGCUAUCAAUCCCAUCCUCUACAACCUGGUGUCCGCCAACUUCCGCCAGGUCUUCCUGUCCACGCUGGCCUGCCUCUGUCCUGGGUGGCGCCACCGCCGAAAGAAGAGGCCAACAUUCUCCAGGAAGCCGAACAGCAUGUCCAGCAACCAUGCUUUUUCCACCAGCGCCACCCGGGAGACCCUGUACUAGGCCUUGAGGAGGUUAAGAGGAGGCCUCAGCCUGUGCACAAGGGCAGCAGCCCCACCCCCAACCCCCAAAGCUCCCAAGGGUUAAGUAGUGGCCAGUCUAAACCAUGCAGGUGAGGCUGGAGCACCCUCGGUGAGGCUUCUUUCUUCCCAGUUUCUCUUUCUUUCCUUCCUCUGGUCCCCCCUCCCCAGUCCUUUCUUCUUGACCUCUUAUCCCUCUCCUACCUCCACCUUAAAAAACAGAAUAGAGGCUGUUUCUCUCCCGGCCUGCAAAAGGCCUUUAACUCGAAGAAAUUAGCACUCACCAAGGACAUUCUCCUUUGUUCCCA